AUGUUGGUAUUGAAUUGCGGCGGUCACGAGGUCCAGAUCCAUUACUCGUUACCAGCUGAGAAUUCAGCUGGUCCAUCCGUGCCACGGACACGUCAGCCCAUCUGGUCGGUAGCCUCCCUCGAGGACGUUUUACUUCGCGAGGGAUCCAUUCCAGAG